GUAGGCUGCGAGAAUAUAAAGGGGCACGUAAAAGUUUAGUUGAGCAUACACUCCCGAUUGAUCAGAACUCAGCAGACUGACAUCACUGCAGAACAGUGUGAAAAUAUCAGCCAAGAUGUGUUGCACCGGUUUUCUCAAAGUCAUGAUGUUCAUCUUCAACGGCGGCAUAUUUGUCGCCGGUGCAGCCAUCCUGGGUGUUGGGGUGUGGGUGAAGGUGGACAGUGCCUCUCUACUGGGCAUAGUGGAGCAGGUGGAUGAUGCUCCGUCUGGUUUAUCCCAGCUGGCCAACAUCAGCUACCUCCUCAUGGCAGUGGGUGGUGUGCUACUGGUCAUUGGCUUCCUGGGCUGCUGCGGAGCCAUCAGGGAGAGCAGGUGUAUGCUGCUGACGUUCUUCACUAUUGUGCUGAUUAUCUUCCUCGUCGAAGUAGCAGGAGCUGUGGUGCUUCUCGUCUUUGAGGAUUUGGCAGAUAAGCUUUUAAUCGGUGUUGAGGAGGAAGUUGUAAACAGCAUUCGAAAGGAUUAUGGAAGCAGUGACAGUCUGACCUCUCUCUGGAACGCCACCAUGAUCGACUUUAAAUGCUGUGGAUUUACCAACUACACAGAUUUUGAUGGCUCCCCUUAUUAUACGGCCCAUAAAAAUUCUUAUCCACCCAUGUGUUGCAAUGAGACCCUGACUGAUGACACAGGUGUAUGCAGCAGAGAAUCAGCACAGCUUUCGUCAGUUGAAUUCUGCUUUGACAAGCUGCUGCAGGUGAUAAAGGACAAUGCUGUAAUCGUUGCAGGUGUGGCUCUGGGGAUCGGAGCUCUUGAGAUUGCUGCCAUGGUGGUUUCGAUGGUUCUCUACAAGAGCAUUGGUACCAAAGGAUGAUGUGUCUUCUUUGGGAUGAACAAUGUUGUAAUUGGGAGAAAUCUUGCUUGUAAGCUUUCUUUAUGUGUAUAAAGUUUGUUUUCUUUUUUAUUUGAUUACAUUAAAAUCAGAAAUGGAGAGGUAGUCAGUGGAGCAAAUGUGUUCAUGUUUCAUAACUGUAUCAGUGAUUUAUUUAUGUUUUUAAAAGGGCUAUCAUCAACUGAUGCCGAUGUGUGUAAUGUUUAAUGAUGCACAGUGCGGAGAAGCAUCUGCAUUCAAUUUGUCAGUUGUUCAUAUCACAUGCGUUCACUUUAAUACUACAAUGAAUUUAUUUUUGUAUGUUUGAUUACAUUGAAAUAAUAAAUAUUACACUCUCAACUUGUUUUUAUUUACAAA